AUGAAAUUAUCAACUUUUGCAAACCUUGCCAUUCUUUCAAAAUUAGCUUUUGCUGCGGAUGAUGAAACUGAUGUGCUUGGCCCUGGUAACACACUUAUUAAACCAUGGAAUAUUCCUUUAUAUUCAACUAAAACUGAUAUUGGUGAUGAUUACACUAGAGAAUAUUUAGUUAGUUUAAGUUAUACCAGUGAACUCGGUGGUGGUGGUGCAGAAGAGUAUGUUACUGUUUCAGCAUUAGGUGGACUGAAUAAACCAGAAACCACAACUACUGAAGACUUUUCUCCAGCUACAUCUGCUGCUGCUGCUGGAUCUGGAUCUCAACAAGGUCCUGCCCCAACUGGUGGACUUGAAAAUACACUUAUUCAACCAUGGAAUCUUCCCUUAUAUUCAACUGAAACUUUAAUUGGAAAUGAAUUCACUAGUUAUUAUGUUGUUAGUUUAAGUUAUACAAGAGAUAUUGGUGGUGGUGGUGAAGAAGAUUAUGUUACUAUUUCAACAUUUGGUGCACUCAAUAGACCAGACGUUACAACUGAUGACUCUUCUUCUGCUACAUCUGAAGUUGCUGCUCCAAGUGGUGAACUUCCAAAUACACUUAUUAAACCAUGGAAUCUUCCUUUAUAUUCAACUGAAACUUUAAUUGGAAAUGAAUUCACUAGUUAUUAUGUUGUUAGUUUAAGUUAUACAAGAGAUAUUGGUGGUGGUGGUGAAGAAGAUUAUGUUACUAUAUCAACAUUUGGUGCUCUCAAUGCCCCUCAAACUACUUCAUCAGGAGAAUCUGCUAAACCUUCAGGAGGAGUUGCCCCAUCUUCUUCAUUAUCUGGUGCUUCUGUUGCUACUGAAACUGCUGCUGGAUCUGAAUCUGCUGUUGAAUCUAAACCAUCUGCUGCUGGAUCUGAAUCUGCUGUUGAAUCUAAACCAUCUGCUCCUUCAUCUGCUUCAUCAAUUGUUUCAAAAGCUUCAUCAAUUUCAUCAGGAUCUGUUGUAACACCAAUUGCAAGUGCUGGAACUGGUAAAAAUCAAACUGGAUCUGGAGUUGAAUCAACAAUCAUUAAAUCAUCUACUACUGUUGUCACAAUAACUUCAUGUAGUGCUAAUCAUUGUACUCCAGUGUCAUCAUUUACUACGGGAUUAACUGUCAUAACAGAAAAUGAUACGGUUUAUACAACAUAUUGUCCAUUAACUGCUGCUACUGUUACUCAAAGUAUUCCAUCUACUGUCAUUACAUUAACCUCUGCAGGAUCAACUUAUGCUGUUACUACUGGUUGGACUAUCAUUGAAGAAGGAGAAACUUCGUAUACAACUUGGUGCCCAUUAACUGCUGCUACUGUUACUAAAAGUGUUGUCUCAGCUCCAGCUACCGUCAUUACAUUAACUUCAGAAGGCUCAACUUAUGCUGUUACUACUGGGUGGACUGUCGUUGAAGAAGGAAAAACCUCAUAUACUACUUGGUGCCCAUUGGUUGCUACUACAGAAGUUGCUGUUGUUGCAUCAUUUUCAGAAUCAAUUAGUCCUGGUCAUGCUCCAACACUUUCUGCUUAUGAAGGAAGUGCUAAUCUUAUUAGAUCAAUUCCAGUCUUAGCUGGUGCUUUUGCUUUAUUAACUUAUUUUAUUUAA